CUGCCACCCGCGCUCCGGCGGCCCAGCCCUGCGCCCAGGGGACACUCGCGUGGGGAGAUGGGCGCGCGCAGCGAGGGCGCCAGGCGUUAGCAUUCGCUGGUCCUGGCCGUUGGCUGAGCACGGCCUCCAAGCAGGUCGGUGGGCAUCAGGAUCGCUCAGAGGCCAGGCCCGGCCGGGGACAGCAGGUGAAAGUGGGGAGGCCGUGAGACGCUGAGAACGCCCGUGCGAGAUGGCAGACAAGGGCAAAAAGGGCCCCGCCGGGCCCGCCGCCGCCGCCGCCGCCCCUGCCGCCGCCCCCGCCGCCGCCCCCGCCGCCGCCCCCGCUGGAGCAGCCACAGAGGCCCCAAAGCCUGAAGAGAAGAAAAAGUCGGAGCAGCCCAAGGAUGAAGUGGGAACGAGAAAGGGGUGUCGCCGCUACAGGUGGGAACUCAAGGACAGCAAUCGAGAGUUCUGGGUUAUGGGGCACGCCGAGGUCAAGAUCCUGAGCUUGGGUUGCCUAAUAGGUUCGCUGAUAAUGUUCACCGGGAUCUCUAUACACCCCAUCCUGACCCUCAUCAUCACCAUGGAGAUAUCCAUCUUUGUCUUCUUCAUCAUUAUCUACAGCUUCGCCAUCCACAGAUACCUGCCCUUCAUCCUGUGGCCCAUUUUUGACCUUCUCAAUGACUUGUUCGCCUGUGGUUUCCUCGUGGGGGCUGUGGUCUUUGCUGUGACCAGUCGAAAAACCAUGCCAGUGCACUAUGCUAUUGCUGUGGUCCUCAUGGGUGUUGCCGCAAUUUUUGCUUUAAUUGAUAUCUGUAUUCAAAGAAAACACUUCAAAGGCAAGAAGGUCAAAAGGAAUGUGCUGGUUCCUCCGGAAAAGGGAAAAGAGGGUGAAAAGCCAAAGGAAGAUGAAAAAGCACCUGCAGCAGAAAAGGAGAAGGGGAAGGAGAAGGAGAAGGAGAAGGAGAAGGAGAAGGAGAAGGGGAAGGCAGCGCCGGCGCCCGCACCCGCCAAAGGAGGCAAGAAGUGAGGCGGCGGCCUCGCCUGUGGGCUGCAGGGGCAGGGGGUUUUACGGCAAAACGUAUCUCCGCCCGUCUACCUUGUCUCCUCUCUCUAGAAUGCGUUCUUUUCCAUUUCAACCGCCACCUUUGCUUGGAAGGAAAUUACUCCUUAAAUGGACGUGAAAGCGUAAA